AUGGAAGAAGGUGCUAGUCUCUUCCCCAAGGGGAAGUGCCUGGAGGACAUCUCGCCUGUGGAGGACGACAUAGAUGAACUGGAGGAUCCAGAGUUUGGGGUUGAACCCCUUCCUGCGGAAGCUGAGAGCAAUGCUGACUCGAAAGGCUGCGGCUGUUUGAAGAAAAAGCAGGAUGCCGCUGCUCUUCGGAGGGUGAAGAAAACCGGUACCCAGGACAGGGCUCAGGUUCUGCGCCUGCGGAAGGACUUGAGCUCCCUGGAUAAGCUGGGAGAAGAGAAAGGCCUCCUCAUUCAGAAAACGACCGCGGAGCUGCACGCUUGCCGCCAGCGGAUGGACCUCAUCACCAAGCAGCAGGAGAGCGUGGCGGCCGAGAUGGCUGCGGAGAGAGAGGCCAACAACACGGCAGCCGUGGGCCGCCUCCAGGCCGUGUCCAGACGCCUGUGUACCGAGCUGGAGAACGAGAGAGACCUGCAGGCGAAAAUCGCGGCCACGCUGAAGGACAACCAGAGCAUCAUGUGGCACAUCGCCAUCCAGGAGGGGCAGCUGGAGGACGUCAGGAGGACCGUCCAAGAGCAGGCCGAGGCCGCCAGGAGGUGGCUACAGGUGCGGGCGGACGAGCAGCUCCGCCGGGAGAAGGAGGCCUACGGGAAGGCGGAGAGGAACCGGCUGCUGCGGGUCAGGAAAUCCAUGUACCUGCAGAAGGAGCACGGGCUCCGGCACCAGAAGCUCGUGGAAGACGCCAGGAAGAACCACAGGGUGGCGGUGAAGUUCCUGAAGGCGUCCCUGGGGAGGGUUCAGGAGCAGGCCCGGCAGCAGGAGCUCGAGUCCCGGGAACACAUGAGGAGGCGCAUGGACGCCGUGCUGGCCCUGAAGAACAGCAUCACGGCCAACCGGGAAACACUCCGGAAAUUUCAAGCGUGGGGCCAGGCCAAGGCACAGCUGGCCGAGCAGAAGGCCCAGGCAGAAAAGGAGGCGAUUCUGGCCCAAGGGGGCGACGCUUUCAAGCACCUUUUCCACCAACGCCGGCGCCAGGAGCUGGAGGCCGAGAAACGCGCCUUCGAGGAGGAGCAGAAGCUCAGAAAGGACGAGAUUGUGAGCCGGAUUCUGAAGGAGGAGGCCGAGGAGGACAGAAGGAGGAGGCUGCCUCCUCCGGCCCAUGCUGCAGACCGGCUGACCCUGCGGGACAGGACGUGGGGCUACCUGGCCACCGUCUGCGAAGGGAAGCCGGCCCCGGCCGCCUCCUGCUACCUGGCGGUGAGCCGAGGGCCCAGUGGGGCCCAGUGUCUGACGUUCGUCUCCAGAGAGUCUGUCCAGGGGGACCCGAGGCCCGUCAGCUGGGAGGACGACACGCUGGCGGAGCCGGAGAUCCCGGGGCUUUGGGACGCAGACUACAAGUCACGCCAGGUGCCCACAGAGGACGGAGACCGCAAGCCCGUGGGCGGGACGAAGAUGGACAAGGACCUCCUGGCCCGCACCAUACAGCAGCUGCGCAGCGGGGUGAUCCACAAGCAGGUGGUGUCCGGGCGUGAGUUCAAAGGUCGCCCCUUCAACAGCAAGCCCAAGGUCGUCCACUUCAAGGACUUCGACGUUGGCAAAGUGUACAAGAAAAAGGUCACCUUGAUAAAUGCCACCUACACCAUCAACUACUGCAAGCUGGAGGGCGUGGAGGAGCACCUCCGGGACUUCAUCAGCGUCGACUUUGACCCCCCUGGUCCCAUGUCAGCCGGGAUGUGCUGUGAAGUGCUGGUCACCUUCAAGCCCAUGAUAAACAAAGACCUGGAAGGAAGCGUCUCGUUCCUGGCCCAGACGGGCAGGUUCUCCGUCCCGCUGAAGUGCUCCACAAAGAAGUGCUCCCUGUCCCUCGACAAGGAGCUCAUCGACUUCGGCAGCUACGUGGUGGGCGAGACCACGUCCCGGGUCAUCACGCUGACCAACGUCGGCGGCCUGGGCACCAGCUUCAGGUUCCUUUUGGCAUUGGAGGACUCCGAGACGGACAUCUCCCAGUCGGUCAUGAAAAUCAGCAGCGUCUUCACGUACGAAGAGAAAAGUUUCUACGAGAAGGUCGCCAGCAACGUCUCCGAGCAGCAGGUGGACGCGAACGAGUCCUCCACAGUGGACGCGCGCAGCCAGCGGGAGCAGGACAGCGGGCGCCCCACAGAAUCAGAGAUGGUGACCACUGUCAUGACCAUGUCCCCCAACGAGGAGCAGAUGGAGAUCUCGCUGGGAGAGAUCACGGAAGGUGACAUCGGCCCCUUCAGUGCCAUCAAAGUGCCCGUCAUCUUCUCCCCGGUCAUCCCAGGAGCCGUCCAGACCCGGUUCAAGGUCACGUUCAACAAUCAGGAGUGCCCGACACUGUAUUUCAGAGCUGUCGGCGUUGCCGUCGACGUGCCGGUCUGGGUGCCGAGGCCCAUCGUGGACCUGAAGAUCUGCAUGUACGACCGGAUGUACCAGGACUCCAUCCUCGUCCACACACGGUCGAAAGUGGCCCUGGGCCUGAAGUUCGAGGUGUGCAAAGAGCUCAGGGGCCACAUGGAGCUGCUGCCGGAGACGGGCUACAUCCAGGCCCUGUCGUCCUUCUCAGUGCAGCUCAAGUUCCUGCCGCGACACUCCCUCCCAAAAGACGCGGAGAAGUAUUUUGACAAGGAGAGCAGGGUUCUGGAGGCCCUGAUGACAAUCCGGGUGACCGACCAGAUCAAACCGGUGGAGUUCACGGUCCACGCCGUAGUCACCACCUCGGACCUGGAGCUCAUCCCGUCGGAGGUGGACUUCGGCUACUGCACCAUCUACGAGGCCGUCAGGGCCCCCGUGAGCCUCUGCAACCACUCCCUCCUGCCCCAGGAGUUCGGCUUCGUCGGGCUUCCCAAGUUUGUGGACAUCCAACCCAACGACGGGUUUGGGACCAUCCUGCCUCUGGAAACUCUGGAACUUGACGUGAUCUUUCAGCCCCCAAAGGCCAAGGUCAAGGAGUACCGCUUUGAACUCAUCUGCAAGUCAGUCAUCAACCGGUGCUUCAAGCUGACGUGCCGGGCCGUGGGCGUCCACCCACCCCUGGAGCUGUCCCACUACCAGAUCAAGUUUGCGGCCACCUCCUUGUAUGACAUGUCCGUGGCCACCCUGUACGUCAUCAACUCUCACCUGAGCAUGAACUCGCUGACCCACUCUGUGCCCCGCAUCGGCUCAGAGGACACCUGCCCCGUGGGGCCCACCUCUUUCGAGUUCCUGCUGCCCCCGGACUCGCCCAUCACCAUCUCGCCCUUGGUGGGGACGGUGUUGCCGGGAAAGAGGUGCCUGGUCCAGGUGGCCUUCCAUCCUGUGCUGCCCAGCGAGCUGAUCUACCAGCAAGUCUUCCAGGCCCUGACGAAAGGCUCAGAAAGCAAAUCGGCCCGCAGGGACACAGCCACCCAGAGGAAGGACCUGAGGAAACAGUCCCUGUCCACCUUGCGGCUGCAGAACCGAGACAGACUGUCCCAGACCUCCACCUCCGACGGCCAGGAGCUGCAGGAGCAGGACCUCACGUCCAGCUCCGAGGAGUACCAGGUUGCCCAGGCCGCCCUGGCCAGAACCUUCCCAGGGAAGUUCGACAAGUUUGUGGUCCCCUGUGUCAUUGCCAGUGGCGACAUCCAAGACAGGAAGGGGGCAGAACCCCUAAGCUUCAGUCCCCACAACACCCUGUACCUGGAGCUGUGGUGUCCAGCGGUGGCACCAUCCAUCAUAGUGACGUCUAACAAAGGCAAGACCAUCUCUGACUUCGGGGACGUCGCUGUAGGACACUGCGGCAUAAAGAAGGUCUCCGUCCAGAACAUCUCCGCCGAGGACCUGGCCGUGGACUUCUCCGUGCUGAACCCCAAUGGCCCCUUUGUCCUGCUGACCCCCAUCAGCAGGCUGCCUGCGGGAGAGACGCAGGUCCUGACGAUAUCUUUCUCUCCACGGGAGAGCAUGCUGGCCCAGGAAACACUGGACAUCAUCACCAAGAGAGGCACACUCUCCCUGACCCUCCUCGGCGUUGGGGUGGCUUCCAUGAUCACGUGCUCCAUUGAAGGGGACGUCCUCAACAUGGGUUACGUGAUUGCCAGAGAGUCUGUCUCUUCCAGUUUCAAGCUGCAGAACAACUCCUCGCUGCCCAUCAAGUUCUCCAUGCGGCUGGACAGCCUCGCCCGCACCCGGAGCAAGGACCAGCAGCAGCUGCCACAGUUCCUCACCUCGCCCGCCCAGAGGACGGAAGUCGUGGGCACGCAGAACCACAACGGCCAGAGCGUGUUCAGCGUGGUCCCGGUGGAGGGCGUCAUGGACCCUGGCGCCACGCAGGACUUCACGGUGACGUUCAGCCCGGACCACGAGAGCCUGUACUUCUCCGACCGGCUGCAGGUGGUGCUCUUCAAGAAGAAACUCUCCCAGCAGAUCCUCCUGAAGGGCGCCGCCCGCGAGCACAUGAUGUUUGUGGAGGGCGGAGACCCCCUGGACGUGCCCGUGGAGUCCCUGACAGUGAUCCCCUCCAGCGACUCCGAGCGCAGAGAGGGUGAGCAGAGAGGGGGGUGGGGGUGGCCAGUACUUCCUUCCCCAGAAAUGGAGGAGCUGAAGCCCAUCCUGGUGACCCUGGACUACCUUCAGCUAGACACUGACACACCGGCCCCACCUGCCACUCGUGAGCUGCAGGUGGGCUGUAUCCGGACUACCCAGCUGUCCACAAAGAAGAUGGUCGAGUUCAGCCUGGACAACGUGGCGAACUUGCAGCACCACGGGUUCACGGUCGAGCCCUCCAAGGGCUUCGUGGAGCGCGGCCAGACCAAGACCAUCAGCAUCUCCUGGAUGCCGCCGGAUGACUUUGAUCCGGACCACCCUCUCACGGUGUCAGCCCUGCUGCAGCUCAAGGGCGAUGUGAAGGAGACCUACAAGGUCUUCUUUGUGGCCCAGGUGGUGACCGGCCUCUGAAGCCACAGGAGUCUCCUGCAUACCCUCAAAGCCCUCCCCCAAUCCUUGGGCCAGGCCGAGCCUCCCAGGGGCCUGGGCCUGGGCAGCCCUCUGCAGGGACAUGUGGCCGGGGCACCCCAGCCCCACAGGCACGGAUGCUUCCUGCUGCCUUGGACUUCGUGACCCCGCGGCCCGGAGCUCCCUUGCCUGGGCCCCACACCCAGAACCAGCAGCGAGGCCAGUCCUGCCCACGGCCUGCCCCAGCCUGAGCCCCUCGGAGCCCCCACCCCCACCAGCACCUGCUGUCCCCACGGGUCUGUCAAUAAACUCCGUGCGCCUCUGUA